AUAGAAGUGAUUGUGACUUUUCAAUAUUUAUUGCAUUAUGAAUAAAUAUUUAUCUAAUAUUCUUCACAAUAGUAUUACAGAAUUGUGUCCUGUCAUCAUUGUAAGUACAUAAAUCUCCUUAUCAAUUCUAGCUGAAUCCAGAUUUACAAUCUGACUACAACUUGGUAUGUGUUUAAAGUAUAAUACAUUGCUGUCUACAUUGGAUUUAAAGACAACUGUUGUGGGCAGUAUUCAAAAAAAAAUGUAUUCUGAAAUAAAUGUAGGGCUAGACGUGUUCCUACUUUAUAAAUUGUUCAUUCCAUUCUACUUUCUUUGAUCCUGUAAAAAAGUUAUUGUCCCCCAGGAACAAAGCCCCAGCCCUUUAGAUAAGACUGACACCAGUUAUCUAACCUUAGUAGUAUUGGCAGACUAUUCCUUUUUAUGGAACAUUCAUCAAAUGCUGUUUUUCGAUUUUUGGCAUUAUUAUUAAUUCAUGAAGCAUUUCUCUUCUAAAUUUCUCUAAUUAUAAAUAACAACUAAUCUCAGGUUUCAUAAUGCUGGAGUAUGUUAAUCAGUUGGAAGAAUUAGUGAUAAAAUGCAUGAAAAAUGAAGCAAGUUUCAAACAUGUUCAUAUGUUUGGGGAUUCUUUAUUGCUUGAUUAAAGUUUUAGAUGGCCAACCAAAGCCAAAACCCAAAACAAAGCCAAAACCUAAACUUCAAAAGAAUUCUGAAAUAUUUGAUUAUGGGUGCCCAUGUGGGGAGAGAGAUGUUACUGAGGAAGAGUUAAGAGAUUGUGCUAACUCCCAGUUAGCUCCUGACGAAGAGGGUAAGAAGCAAACUGACCAAAGAAUAGUUGGGGGGUGUGAUGCUGGAAAAACUGGUUGGUUUGUAUCCAUAUCUAUGGAGUUUACUACUGAAGUGAGAACAGCAAGAUGUGGCGGAUCUUUAAUCAACAAGUUUUGGGUAGUGACUGCAGCACAUUGUUUCUGUAAUGAGUAUUUUACAUGUCAUCGAACAGAGACAGGAGGUUUUAGAGUUGAUGAUUACACACUUGGCCAAACUUCUAUGUAUAUUGGGGCGGAUAAGUUUGAUGUCAAGAGUAAUACCAAUCCUGACAUUGCUGACCCACCAAGCAAAUUUAGAUUCAGGCCAGCAGAAAUAAUUAUCCAUCCAAGAUUCAAUUCCUUAAGAUCAGUAACAUUUUGUAUAGUAACAUUUGGUCCAGUUAAUGCAAGUAAGAUUAGCUCACUACGACAAGAUUAUGAUAUAGCACUUGUAAGGCUAGAUUAUCCAGUUAUGGAUGAAGAACAUGGAAUUGGAGUACUAAAAACUGUGUACGGGGAUCACUUUCAUAAGAAUACUAUUAUGCCUAUCUGCCUUCCACCUCCAAACUUCAAAGAUACUGGAAUCCAGGCCAAAUCAAUUGGAAUGGGCCGAGUCAAAAGUAAAAAUACCUGCAUUACAGAUGCAAAUGGUCCAGUGGUUUACACAAAAUGUGCAAAACAAUGGGUUGGCUAUAGACCAGAGGACCAACUUAAAGAUAAUAUAACUGGAAACUUUCUGAAAAUGCACACAGCUUGGAUAGAUAAGAGGUCAGAUAGAGAUACAGAGACUUUUAACUGUGAUGUCCAAAACCAUCCCCCCAGCUACUUGAAUAAAGUUUGUGUAGAAUUCAACAACAAAUUGAAUAAAUUGCAAGAAAAAGCCAAAAAGAAGGAACUCUUGACAACCGAGGAUGUUAAACAACUGAAAGUCUACAAAAUAAGUCAGGAGAUGCUUCUGCUUCCGACGAAAAACCUGACAAAAAUAGUUGCCAUGAAGAACAAUGACACUCAUUGCUUUUCAACCUUUCCCUCAGCAGAUGGUUGGUGUGCUACUUGCAAUCCUAAUGCUACUAAGAAGGAUCCUGGAUACUGUUCAUCUGAUCCAGGCGAAGCUGAUACAAUUGCAAUACCUGAAGUUGACAAGGGCUGGGGGUUUUGCUCAUCACAUUGUACACUAUCUGAGGGCCUAAAGGAGAAAUUAAAGAUGGCUAAAAUCAGCAUUCUUGAUGAGAAAACUUGUGCAGCUCUGGGUAAUAUUAAAGCUACUGAUGGGAGCCAGCUAACGGUCAACACAAAGACAGAGCUGUGCGGAGCAUUCAUGAGCACGAUGAAUGUAUCAAUGUUUAACUAUACUGACACACCACAUACAGAAAGAGAAUUCAGUUUGUUUGAUGACAAAAAUGAGAAAUUACGUAAGACUGGUUUUCUGAGGUCUACCAGAAUCGACAACAAUAAAGGUUUGGGAAAUUACUCAGUUCGAACUAACAUGGUGCUUGGAGGAACAGACACUUGUCAAGGGGAUAGUGGAGGUCCACUGUGGACUGAUUCAGAUCUAGAGACGAAUAAUGGAACACUCAAGAAUGUUGCAGUUCUCAUCGGAAUAGUCAGCCGUGGAAAAGGUUGUGGUGAAGUAAACUAUCCAGGUUUAUAUACAAGGAAUCAUUCAUACCUAUAAAAAAACGAUACCAUG